AGCACCUCGAGUCUACUUAUUUAAUGAGAUGUAAGGUGGUGAGAGGCACAUUCAUUUUAGGGGGGGAAGCAAAAAAUUAAAGAGAAAAAGCUCCCGUUGGGCUGACGAAGAAUCAAAGAGUUGGACGACCACUGAGGGAAUUCGUGCGAGCACAGUGUGCACAAACAGAGUUUCUGGCUUUGAGCAGAAUAAGUGUGAAUGGGAGCAAGAAGGAGGACAAGAAUGGGAAUGUAGGGUCAGGCCCUCUUUAGUAGCACUUAUGUAAGAUUACUUACAUAAUGACACAUUCAACUAGUGUGUGUGAGUGUGUGUGCCUUUGUCUAGACAAGAGGGUUAACUUGACUUUGGGUGGGGUCAGGGAUACACGAGGAGGGGUACUCAAGCAGGCCUGGUAAAGGAGGAUCGUGGGAUUAUAUGUGUGUGUGUUUAUGUGUGUUAUCAAAAGAGGCGGGGGUGGUAGUAUGAGAAGGUAUUAAAGUCAGAGUACAGGGAGGGAACUAGCAGGCACUGAAUGCAUGUCCACAUCUGUGAGUGCUAUCCAGCUUUCUGCCUCUCUCCGUCUCAUUUCACGCCUGUCUUUGCAAACUCGUCCAACCAUCAGCCUCUUUUCCUUUCUCUUUUUAAAAAAAUAUCUUCCUUCAGCUUUCCUACUUCUCUUCACUCCCCUAUCAUUCCUCGUCUCUUAAUAUCCUCUGAUAUUAAUCCCAUUCUACUGUCGCUGUCUUUGUGUCUCUUCUCUCAUUAUUCGCCCUCAAUCCCCUCUGUCUCUCUUGCUCCUAUCUCCCCUUUCUGCAUUUUUUUUUUGAAGUGUGGAGGGUCAGCAGUGCCAGAAAAGACAAGACAGAAGACAUAUUGGCAGAGCUACUGGUGGUUUACUCGUGGUUAGCCUUAGCAUACUUGUGGCAACAGGGAGGAAGAGCUUGGCGAUGGUCACAGCAAUGGAGGAUUCCUGUCCCAAUGGGGCACAGGAAGAGGAGGAGGUGAGACCCCUGGGACAGCAUGCCGUGGAGGGGCCCCCGGCUGUACGAUCCACCCAGGGAGCAGAAACAUCUGGAGCCAUGCAGCAGGUGUUGGAUAAUGUGGGUGAACUGCCCACCUCUGCCGGAGCCAAAGACAUCGACCUGCUCUUCCUGCGCGGCAUCAUGGAAAGUCCCAUUGCUCAAGAGCAGCUGGAGGAAGUGAAGCUGGAAGCGGUGCAGGACAAUAACGUCGAGCUGGUGACAGAGAUCCUGGGCGACAUCAACAGCCUCAAGGUUAAAGACGACAGCGCGGCUGAGUUGUCUCGAAUCCUCCAGGAGCCGCACUUCCAGUCUCUUUUAGAGGCUCAUGACAUGGUAGCCUCAAAGUGCUACGAAGCCCCGCCUCCGACUGAGACAGCCAAUGACGCAGCGGUGAACAGCGCUCUUAUGCAGGCCGAUGCCGUGCGCAUGAUUGGCAUUCGAAAGAAGGCCGGGGAGCCACUGGGUGUGACAUUUCGUGUGGAGAAAGACGACUUGGUGAUCGCGAGAAUCCUUCACGGAGGCAUGAUUGACAGACAGGGUCUGCUCCACGUGGGCGACAUCAUUAAGGAAGUAAACGGGAAAGACGUUGGCAAUAAUCCCACUGAGCUCCAGGAGAUGCUCAAAGACUGCAGCGGAGGGAUCACCUUGAAAAUACUCCCGAGCUACAGAGACGCUCCUGCUCCUCCACAGGUGUAUGUCCGGCCAUACUUUGACUAUGAUCCCGCCAAUGACAGCUUGAUCCCCUGUCGGGAGGCAGGUAUGGCCUUCAAGAAAGGUGAUAUUCUUCAGAUUGUAAACAGAGAAGAUCCCAACUGGUGGCAGGCAUGUCACGUAGUGGGUGGUGCCACAGGUCUGAUCCCCAGUCAGUUCUUGGAGGAGAAGAGGAAAGCUUUUGUUCCCAGAGACUUGGAUGGAUCAGGAAUUCUUUGUGGCACCUUGGCUGGAAAAAAGAAGAAGAAGAUGAUGUAUCUAACAGCCAAGAACGCAGAGUUCGAUAGACACGAACUGCAGAUCUAUGAGGAAGUGGCAAAGGUUCCUGCUUUCCAGAGGAAGACGCUGGUUCUGAUAGGUGCCCAAGGAGUGGGCCGACGCAGCCUCAAGAACCGAUUGAUGGUCCUCCAUCCCACGCGUUUUGGCACCACUAUACCAUACACCUCACGGAGACCCCGUGAUGAGGAGCUAGGCGGCAACUCCUACCACUUUACCUCAAGGACAGAGAUGGAGGCUGAUGUGAAGGCCGGCCGCUUCCUGGAGCACGGCGAGUACGACGGCAACCUGUACGGCACAAAGAUUGAUAGCAUUCACGAGGUGGUCGCAAUGGGACGCACCUGCAUCCUGGAUGUCAACCCGCAGGCUCUGAAGGUACUGAAAACAGCAGAGUUCAUGCCUUAUGUGGUGUUCAUUGGAGCACCAGAUUUUGAUACUCUUAAGGCCAUGCACAAAGCUGUGGUGGAUGCAGGCCUCACAGCUAAGCAGCUCACGGAUGUGGAUCUGAGGAAAACGGUGGAUGAGAGCGCCCGCAUCCAGAGGGCUUACUGCCACUACUUUGACCUGACCAUCAUUAACGACAACCUGGAUAAGGCCUUCGAGACGUUACAGGCAGCUGUGGACAAACUGUGCAGUGAACCCCAGUGGGUCCCAGUGAACUGGGUAUACUGAGGACUAGCACCACUCGUUACACUGUCCAGUCUACGUGGGCCUCAGUGACCCACCAACAUGUAUGCGUGUAUGUGUGCGUGUGCUUGUGAUCACAAAGGCCAAAGAAGACGAAGGGCAGAGAUACUACUGCAAGUAAUCAAUGAAAUCUCAUCGCUCUUUCUCCUCUCGGGCCUGCAACUUUUUUCUACUCGAAACUCAAAGGGAAAGAGUGCUUAUUUAUUUUAUAACUUUUUAUGAAAGAUCUUUCUAUUCAGUGUGGGAUUACGGUGAGAAUGAAACAAACCAACCAUGAGAAAAAAGAAAGAAAGUCGUGUCACGUGCUCGGGCCAUACUUUUUUGCAUUAAUUUAUUGUUGUAGUGUCGCUUUGUAGUCGUUUUCCUUCAUUUUUAAAUACUUCUAUCAGUCUUCCCUCGCUGACACGGAGGAUUCACGGUCGCCACCCGAACUCCAAAACAAAGACGAGGACAAGGCGAUCGAUGACAAGAACUUGAAGCCGUCAUUGUCCAAGAAAUCUCACGGUGUGGCACAUGUUGAACAUCAUUGCUCUGUUUUCUUUUCACCUUCAUUUACUUGAAUCCUUAAUGUUAUUUUUUUAAUGUCGUCGGCCCCAAAAUCCUCAAUCGGUUUUCUCCAUGAGCGAGGGGCUAAAAAGCUCAUCCGGUAUAUAAAAGAAAAACAAUGUUAUGACGUACUUUUUAAAAGAUCAAACACCAUGUCUGUUCAUUUUCUCUAGUUUUGUUUUGUUUUUGCUAUUUUUUAAUCAGCGUGAUGAUUAGUAGAGUGUAGCAUUCAAUCGUUUGCUUCUGUCGUCUGUUUGUCUGCAGUAUGAGUGUCACAGUGUCACUGGCCAUCAUCUUUACCUGCUACAAUGUGUUAAUGUUUUAUUUUUUGUGAAUGUGGCUCAAACCCACUCGCUCCUUAAUGAUCCUCAUCUUCAGUGUUGCGGUUAUGCCAAAGCCCUUGUGAUCAUGCUCUGAAUCAAAUAUUAAAUUCACAGUUCUUAAAUCAGAUACAGAAUUGAGAAAAACCUGAAAUCUGUCCUGGACUUCGUGACUUCAGGAUAAAAUGAGUAUUAAAUCACUUUAGGUGGAUAUUCGUUGCAAUGUACAGUGAAUACCAUUUCAAAAUGCUGAGGGUAUUCUGUGACAGCCCUGCUGCCUGUUCAAGUGUUUCCACAUCAACCUCAUGUCUUCUUUUUACAUUUUUAUCAGCAAACUUGUGAUGAAUAAAAUUUGAUAAACCUCAUAAACUAGUUUCUUGUUAAAUUAUGUGUGCAACAUUUCCAUUUAUACCUCGUAAGAUUCAUUUCCGUCAAAUCCAGACACACAAAAACAAAAUAUCAGACCUCAAUACUUUGAAAAAAACUGCAUUCAAGCAAAGUCAUUGUGUCUAAA